UUGAAGAUUAGAGAAAUUGCAGCAAGGCUUGGGCUCUCUAACAGUACCGUUCAUCGCGCGAUCCAUGAACAUCUUCACAUGAAAAAAGUGAGUGCAAGAUGGGUAACGAAACUUCUUUCAGCGGUACAGAGACAGGAAAGAGUGCGCUGCGCUUCGGAGUUUUUGGAUCUUUGUGGCGAAAAUCCAAAGACUGUGAUCGAGCGGCUAGUGACUGGUGAUGAAACUAUGAUCUUGUAUUAUGAUCCACAAAGCAAGCGCGAGUCAAUGGAAUGGCGUUAUAAGGGUGAAAAGCCCCCUAGAAAGGCAAAGGUGCAACAAUCGACUAAAAAACUGAUGUGCACAAUAUUUUGGGAUUUUCAAGGCAUUUUGAUGGUGGAUUUUAAAGAACGUAAUAGAGUCGUGAACGGCGAAUAUUAUGCUUCUUUAUUAUAUAAAUUACGAGACAAGAUAAAGGAAAAACGAAGAGGCAAGCUGUCUAAAGGUGUCCUGUUGCUCCAUGACAACGCCCCUGUUCAUACCGCUGGUGUUUCGAAGGAUGCAGUUCGUCAAUGCGGGUUCACAGAAGUUCAACAUCCACCUUACAGUCCAGACAUGGCCCCGUCCGACUAUUAUUUAUUUCCAAAUUUAAAGCGGGACUUAAGAGGAAGAAAAUUUUCAAGCGAUGAAGAGUUGCAGGCGGCCGUCUUCAGUCAUUUUGAGGAUAAAAAAUGUGAUUAUUUUUAUAAAGGUUUAGAGAUGUUGAUUCACAAAUGUCAGAAGUGUGUUAGUAUUUAUGGUGAUUAUAUUGAAAAAUAA